CCGGCAAUGGCACGACACAAAUGUCAAGACUGCGGGAAAACGUUUGAUUUAAAACGAUAUCUAACAAAACAUGAAUUACGAAUGCAUAAAAAUGUUGUGAAAUCGAAGAAUGACAGAAGCGCUUCAGAUCCACUGAAAUGUAGUAUGUGUGAUAAAGUAUUUCCACGUCUUUCUCAUCUUCAGCGUCAUCAAAUGACACAUCUUAAUGUCAGAAAUUAUUCAUGUACAUUUUGUGAAGAGAAGUUCGUACAAAAAUCACAUUUAACUCGCCACGUCUCUCGAAAGCAUUCGAAUGCUCCUGGAGUAGAAGUUGACUGGACAGCGUGUGACAAAUGUGGGCAAUUAUUCAAGACUACUUAUGAAAUGAGAAUUCAUCGACAGACAUAUCACGAACUUCACAAAUGUAAACAAUGCCAAGAAGUAAUAGAAGCAGGAAGUGAUGGUUUACGGAAACAUCAUAUGCAAUGUAGAAAAUACUCAAAUGUUUGUGAUGAGUGUGGAGCAUCUUUUUCUCGGCCUGCAGACUUGGUUUCCCAUGAGACUUCUUGUCUUAAAAAGUUCGCAUUUGUCUGCAAACCAUGUGAUUCAUACUUUCGACAAAGAGUUCAGCUGGAUCGUCACAUUAAAAAAGCUCACUUCCACCCAACAAAAUGCUCCAAAUGUGAACAAAUAAGCGACACACCCGUACAAAAUUCACGACACUCUCUAGAGUGUGUAAAAGUAAUCAUCUGUGGUUACUGUAGUCUCAAAAAUCCAGAUAAAAACCACGUGGCUACAGUACAUUGGCACCGGCUGAAGCGUGCAGUGUCGAAAAGUGUCACAAUAAGACACAAAUUGAAAGAUGCACCAAUCGCCGAUAAAGAUGUUCCCAGCAGUUCAGGCCAAUCCUCAUUAGAAGAAGAAAUUUUAGACGAUUCAGAAGAUGAUUUGGAAGAUACUGGGGAAGGACUAAGCAAUCGGGAACAGUUCAAAAAUCGAGAUAUAAAACGAGAAAAUAAUCUAGAAGAAGUAAAAUCAUCAACUGAUAAUAGAGAUGAAGAAGAUAGUUUGUUUAAUUUCCCAGACACUUCUACAUCUCAAUUAGACUUCUGCUCAACAGCAUUCACAGAAGAUGAUAGUUUUCCUGGAGAUUACGUAACAUUAUCAAUUUGUCCCAAAAAUACGGAUUUGUCGUUUGAUUUACGAGAUCGACUCCCACCCGAACUUUCUGAACUAUUUCCCGAACUUGAAGCUACUUCAAUAGUUCUACUAAACAAAAGCAUAAGAUGCAGAAUGACAGUCCGUGUGCCUGUAUGUAUCCCAAAGUCAUCUACACAGGAGGCGGAAAUGCGAAAAUGGCUAGAUAUGACAGUUGUGUUGAAAGACGAUUAAUUUAUUAUUGUUCUCUAAACAAAUAUUUGAACUAUUUAAAACUUCCAUUAAUGUUCGAUAUUAAGUUCUCGAAUAAAAGUUGAUUAUCAUU